AUGUUAUUGAUGCUUGUUGCUCAGGCCACGUCAAAUCAGAUAUCGAAGCGUGAUCCUUUACGACCGUACAUGAAUAUUAUUGAUAGCAUGUUGCAUCAAAUGUUAAAAGAAGAUCCCUCCUUCAAACCUCAAGGUGGGAGGUUUGGGGAGAAUGAUAUGGGCUAUGACACUGAUGAGAAAUCAAUGGCGACACUUAGACGCUGGCUUAGGAUAGCAAGAGAGGAGUACUGUCGGUAUCGAAGCUUUUGCAGUGAAAAUAUGAGCAUUGUCUUGGAAGCCCUUGAGCUGGAAGAUACGGUCAAAAACUAUGAGCGCCGUGAUGCAACUGGAUGGAAACUUAUUUCAAGCUUCAGGCCUGAACGAAAGGGUAGACUAGGGGCUUCUCUGGAUAUGCUUGAGUUCAUUUGGCGUUGUGUUCUAAGAAAGCAACUGGAGAAACUCUUGGCUAUUAUUCUGGGUUGCAUGUCAGCUGCCCUUCUUUUAGCAGAGGCUACUAUAUUGCCCAAUGGAGUUGAUUUAUCUCUUUUCUCCAUUCUCAUAAACUCUGUGGGAAAGCAGGAAAUGCUUGUGCAGGUUGCUGCUUUCUUCCCUCUGAUGUAUAUGUGUGUCUGCACCUAUUAUUCCUUGUUCAAAAUUGGAAUGCUGAUGUUCUACUCAUUCACCCCCAAACAAACUAGCUCACUCAGUUUGCUUAUGAUAUGCUCGAUGGUUGCACGAUAUGCUCCACCAAUUUCAUACAACUUUCUCAACCUUAUCCAUCUCCCUGGUAAUAGGAAAACCAUCUUUGAGAAGAGAAUGGGGAACAUAGAUGAUGCUGUACCUUUCUUUGGUAAAGGAUUCAAUAAAAUUUAUCCUCUCAUCAUGGUUAUAUACACACUCUUACUUGUGACAAACUUCUUUAACCGGGUCAUUGAUUAUUUCGGGAAUUGGAAACUAUUCAAGUUUCAAGAUGAAGUUGAUGAUACAGAUGGAUUUGAUCCCUCAGGACUAAUUAUCUUGCAGAAAGAACGGUCCUGGCUAGAGCGAGGGCUUAAAGUUAGUGAGCAUGUUAUUCCACUGGCAAGGAAUUUCAACAGCAUGAGCAUUGACAUUGAACCUGGCAGUAAUAACACAGUAUGUGAUAAGGCUGCUACAGAUACAAGAGCACAAAGUGCCAUUGAAAUUGGAAAAGGAGAUCAACUUACACCUCUGAAAGAAGAGGCUCAGCAUGACACAAGCAAAGAAGCCAUUAGCAAGAAAUAUUCUGGAAUAAGGGCACACCAGAACACACAAGCAUCCAACGAGAAUUCAACUCAAAAGGACUCGACAUCCUUAACGGUUGAUGCUGGCAACUCUGAAAGUGCAAUGACACCACCAUCAGGGGGAUUAGCCUCAAAAUGGGAAUCAAUGAAGUCUGGUCUUCUAAAUUUCAAAUCUGACUUGGAAGCAAAGAAAUUCCUCCCUUUACGAUGGACUCGAGAAAAUACAAUGUCCGCCGGUGCGUCCUCGUCUGAAUCUCUUGAUGAAAUUUUCCAAAGAUUGAAACGACCAACUCUGGACCUUAGAGACUAUGGUGCUGAGAAUGAUCUUCUUGAACAUGACUAGGAAUUCAGUAAAUUUGGUCCAUCUGGAUAGUCGUACCGCACAUAUAAACACAGCUAUUCCUGGAACAGACUUAGCAGAAGACUUGUUCAUUUCACACCAAGUCUAAAAGAUGUGUGUUUAUGAGGCAAGCUGAAUGCCAACUAUAAUACAAUUUACAUCACCUACAGCAGUAAA